CUGUAAGAUUAUUACAGCUGAGAGAGGCACAGUUUAAGGAAACAGUCGGGAGCCUAAAAGGCUGCUUCCAGGAGAAGGUUCUGGAUGAAACUACCACCAUGGCCAAUGAACUGAAAAAAUUCAGAGAGGAGAAAAUGAGAAGGCUGGAGGAACAGCUAAAACUGUUCCUGGAAAACAAAAGAACAAAGAAUACUUCACGUAAUUUUGAUCCAUUUCAGAACUCAAUGAAAGAGUGCAGCCACACAAAAGCUUUCUCAGGAAAGGAUUUUUGCCCAGAUCUGCUGAAGUUGAUCAUGAGACCAGAAGAAGAUAAAAAAGAAAGAGAGAUGCAGCAAAACAACAGUCCUCUAUCACCCGUAUCGGAGUCUUUCUGGGUUCCAGGGACACAUCAUAAGGCAGAUGAUCAGCUCCUAUUGUUCUUGACUCACAAUAUCAAGGUGCUGAAGCAGGCAGAACACCUGAUGGCAUCCAGAAUCGUUCUUCUGAAUCCACAGUUCACGACAUCUUCUCUGUACGGUGGUGAUAAAAUUAAGUGUAUAAAGCCCUCUUUUCUUCUUGACCUUCUGAAUAAUGUGAACGAUGAGCUCCAAAGUCAUGCAGUGGCAGCUGGACUGCUGGGAAGCCAAACGCUGGACAAAAAGACAGCAACUGCUUGCCAGGACAUAGAGGAUGCCAUGAUGACUCAGGAAGGAGAACUAACAGUAGUUGAUCCUGCAACCCUUUCUAGAAGAGAGUUUGUUGUGUAUCAGUAUGGCAUCUCCAUCCUACGGUUUCUCAAAUUUCACAUGGAUGCUCCAGAAAUCCAUCUGUGUGUUGCCUCCAGCAUACCUCUUACUGCUGCCACAGGGAAUGCCUUCAGAAACUCCUUCUUUUAUCAGAAUACAAAGAACAAACUGUUCAUUCUAAGGGAUUGCCUGAGUUCUGUCGGAAGUUUCCUCCUCCUCCUCGUGCACUGCGUAGCUCAUAUUGCUGCUGCUGACUUCAACCACGAUGCCAGCCCACGCUUCCUGAGGCUUUUUCAUCAGGCAGUAAAGGCUUGUCUCAGUGAAAUGUUCUGUCUGAGACUCCAGCUGUCAGCCCUUCUCCAGGGUGAUAAACCUUAUGGGAUAAGCCAGAUGUUGCUGAAGGAAGAACCAUUCUCCGAGGAGGAAAUAAAGCUCAUCUCCCAGCUUUUUGAGGUGAAAGUGAAAAGCGUCACAGACACGGAAGCCUUCGAGAAGGUAGUAAGAAAGAUGAAGGUCGGGUGA